AUGGACGAAACGAAUGAAGUUCUUAUGCAAUAUGGGGGAAGCGGAAAGAAAUCUCGAAAGCCCAUGGUCCAAGAGAUAACCUGGAAUUCCACGCCUUCACCAUCCUCAUCGGAUGCGUCUAUAUUGACGACCACAGGUUCCACGGAACUGGACGCCUUUUAUCUGGAUUCUCACAAUGACAGUUUUCUGGAUUUUGGACGUGCGAUGGAAAUGUACAAUCCUGCUCCACAGCAUUUUUCUUCCCCGGCCAUGGAGAAAUCGAUGAUUUACAGUACUUUUAUGGACAUGUAUCUCCCCCAACGAAUGGGACAACAAGAUGCGCAUUUCAGUUUCCUCCAACAACUGCUCACAACACCAAAUCUCCGACCCGAAGUCUCUGCUAGUUUGGAUGCUUUGAGUAUGGUACAAGUGGGCUCCAUUUACAAAGAUCCCGGACUUUUGAAGUCCGCGGUUAAGAGUUAUAGUCAAGCGCUCUCGGCACUCUCACGGACGAUUGGGAAUGGGAAUGCUUUGUGUGAUGAUUAUGUGCUGGCUACGGUGACGAUGUUGGCGACUUGUGAGUUUUUCGAUGAGAUUUCGAUGAUGGGGACCGGGUGGACGAAACAUAUGGAAGGGUCGCAGCAUUUGUUACGCGCGAGGGGACCGGAUUCUGUGCAGUCGCAAUUGGCUUUGUUGUUGUUUAUGAAUAUGCGGCAUGGUGCGCUCAGUCAUUCGUUGAUUUCGAGAAAGGCCAUUUUCUUGGGGACGCCAGAGUGGAGGGCUGUGGCGUYUCGAGUACCGGUUGUGGAUAAUUCCACGCUAUUCUAUGAUACUGCGCUGCAGGUGCCGAGUGUUUUGGAGAGGUACGACAAUCUGGACCUGCACAGUGAUACUCUGAUACAGGACAUUGAUGCCAUCUUGGUCGAGGCGAAACGACUGGAGGUGGAAAUGAGAGAAUGGUUCGCAAGCUACCAGGCUGCUUUGGAGCAGAGCGGGAAGGUACCAUGGCGGCUCGUGGAUGUGGAACAAUUCUCGACAUUUGCUGGUCUUUGCUCUGAUCGGACGAUAGAUCAAGCGUUCAUGUUCCCCAAUUUCAUGGUCGCCUACUUGGUAGGCGUGUACUGGAACGUGAUGCACUUCAUGCGAGCGACGAUGCAGAAGUUGCAUACAGCCCGGCACAUUGCUGACAAGCAUUGGUACCCGGAGCCUGAAGAAGUAGUGUCCGAGGAGGAGUUGCUGGAAUAUGUCAUGAACCUGUGUAGGUCCAUCCCAUAUUAUUGCGAGCCUUUUAGCUCUUCUACCGGCCAGAUUGGGAUAUUCUUGCCACUGCGUACAGCUGCGGUGUACUUUACGGAGCAUGGCCAUUGGAAAUUCCUCAAGUGGUGCGGUGCUCUAAAGCACAGUGUCUUCACACGUGGAAUGCAUCCUCCUAGCUUGCCAGAACGAUUUCUUGUGGCACCGAAAAUGGACAAACUUGGUGCGCGUAUCAAGUCUGGAUCGCCUGGAGUGGACUGA